AUGCAGAGCAGGCAGUGCGAGUGUGCUCCACUGCACGCUCGCAUUGCCUUUGUGCCGUUGAACGGAGCAUUUCAUGGGAUGCUUCGGCGUAAACCGGUGCCAGGAGGCCAGCAAAACCUACCGAUCACGCGCUUUGGAGUAGAUCACCCGUUGCCCCCAGCAAACUACCUCAGCCGGCCUGCAACUAGGCUCUCGCAGAGCGAGUCUCGUAGAGCGCUCGGUGCUGUUGCAGUUCCAGGACAAGAGUUGCCGUUUGGCGCGUUCCCCAUGACUUGCGCCCAGUCUCUGAGACUUUUAUUCCUGCUCGGAGCGCCAGGGGCAGGGAAGAGCACCCUUGCGAAGAAGCUCUCUGAGCUGCACAAUUGGCGACACUUAAACGUCGGUGACCUACUCCGCGAAGCUGCCUCCGGCACAAGUCCACUGGUGACGGCUGACCAGUCGCGAGAACUGGAGAAUCUGCUGCUCGUCGGUGAUCGCAUCGCUCCCAGCGAGAUCACAGCAACGCUGCUGAACAGCGCUUUGGAACGCUGUUGGAGCACGUCGACAAGCUCAGACCAGCGGACGGUUAUCGUCGAUGGGUUCCCCAGAAACCACGAGAAUUGGCAGGCCUUCGAAACGAGCGUUCAGCGGACCCUCACCGCGUAUCCGUGCUUCGUGCUCCUUUGGUUAGACCUGCCUUUCAGCGUAGCACUGCGGCGCGCUCAGCAACGCCAUCGCAACGAUGACCUCACGCCAACGCUCAAACGACGCUUUAAGGUAUACGUGCAGGAGACGCUGCCGCUUCGCCAACGACUUCCAGCAGAUCGCCAGUAUUGCGUAUCUGCGGACCAGCCUGUCGAUCACAUCGUCACAUCCGUACAGCGUUUGCUUCGAGAAGCAGGCUUCCUCGCCAGUAACUGGUCGUCCUGUCCUUGA